AUGGAACGAACUGGGGGGAAGCUCUCCAAGUUCAUCAUGACGACUAAGACCAUCCAUGGGAACUCGCAAUUUCAGAAGCCCUCUUCUCUACGCUGGACGUGGGAGUCACCCGGUGGAGGGUACCGUAAUGAAAUAGACUACAUCAUCGUCAAUAAAAGGUUCUGCCUGACGGACGUCGCUGUUGUACCAAAGUUCUAUACGGGAUCGGACCAUCGCCUCCUCCGAGGAAGAUUUUCCUUCACAAGGAGAGCAGAGAAAGCCGCCAAAUUCAGAGAGAGAAAUCCCAGAACUGUCAUCAACUGGGAUAUCUUCGCUACGCUAGCCGGCUUUUGGGAAGAUUCCACAAUGGACAGCAUCGACGAGGACCGGCUCGUUGAACUGCGCGAAGAAGGCUGA